CAUAAAUUUUGCUUGGAAAAAUUGAUAUAUGGGGGUUGAAAAAUACAGCCCUAUAUUUUUGAGUUGUGAAAGUUAAUGAUUUUAACAGACAAAACAUAAGGAAGUAGACAAGCAUGAUGAUGAGUUCAAAUAACAUUGAGUCUUCCGCUAAAGCAAAGGAAGAAGAAGAAAUCACCAAAAUAAGUCUUAUGAGAAGCAUGGUUGAAACACAAGAUCCUUCUUCCAAGGAAGUAGAUGAUAUGACAAUGAGAAGAUUUCUAAGAGCUCGUGAUUUAGAUGUGGAGAAAGCAUCGAGCAUGUUCCUCAAGUACCUGAAAUGGAGACGAAGCUUUGUUCCUAAUGGUUUCAUUUCUCCAUCAGAACUCACACAUGAAAUCCAACAGAACAAGAUGUUUUUGCAAGGUUCCGACAAGAAAGGACGACCUAUUUCUGUUCUUCUUGCUGCAAGACAUUUCCAGCAUAAUGGCGGCCUCGACGAAUUCAAGCGUUUUAUAGUCUACAUUUUCGACAAAAUACUGGCCAGGAUACCUCCAGGACAAGAUAAAUUUAUUGUGAUCGGAGAUCUUGAAGGUUGGGGAUAUGCAAAUUGCGACAUCCGGGCAUACCUUUCUGCUCUCUCUCUCCUGCAGGAUUACUACCCAGAAAGAUUAGGAAAGAUGUUCGUAGUGCAUGCACCCUACAUUUUCAUGGCAGCCUGGAAAGUUGUUCACCCUUUCAUCGACGUCAAAACCAGGAAGAAGAUAGUAUUCGUUGAGAACAAAAGCCUGAAAUCAACAUUGCUUGAAGAAAUAGACGAGAGCCAACUGCCAGAAAUAUAUGGUGGCACGCUACCAUUGAUUCCCAUUCAAGACAGCUAAAAAGCACACACAUAAAUAUAUAUAUAUAUAUAUAUAUAUAUAUAAGUUGUUUGUUAAAGAAGCUUUAAGGGAAUAGAUUUUAUAGUCUAUUUUUAAGAUUUGUUGCUAUUUUCCUUAAUAAUGUUAUGUUCAAAAUUUAAAUCUCUAUCUUUCCUUGAAGUACAAUAUACUUUAUUAUUACACCAAAUACUUGUUAGUUGGAAUAUUAUAGGCAAAA